AUGGCACCCAGCGUGUCGGACGUCGUGCUCCGCCUCGCCGCCCUCGAGCAGCACUUUGCAGGGUCCCCAAUGUGCUUCGCAGCCGUGGAUGCGGAUGAAAUAUUCGAAUCCGCCAGCGCCAACGGGGGCCCGCUGUCUCGCGCCGCGCUCGAGGCGCUCCAGCAGAUGCUCUCCACAGGCGGCGGCGCGGCGUGCGCCGCGGCCGCGGCCGUCGCCGCCGCGGUCAAAACCAGCCCCCGCCGUCUGCAACAG